AUUUUUGGAAACUUGCAGAUCUGCUAUAGGCAACAAGUUUAACCACUGUAGUGAUUGAGGGCUGAGAAAUGUAAAACCUCCACGAACAGUCUAGGAAACCAGGAGGAUCUUUUCCAGUAACAAUGGCAGCAAAAUCAUCACUCCUUAAAGUAAUACUGCUAGGAGAUGGUGGAGUUGGGAAGAGUUCCCUUAUGAACAGAUACGUCACCAACAAGUUCGAUGCACAGCUGUUUCAUACGAUAGGUGUGGAAUUCUUAAAUAAAGAGUUGGAAGUUGAUGGACAUUUUGUUACAAUGCAGAUAUGGGACACAGCAGGUCAGGAACGGUUUAGGAGCUUGCGGACUCCUUUCUAUAGAGGUUCUGACUGUUGCCUGCUAACCUUCAGCGUGGAUGACUCUCAGAGCUUCCAAAACUUAAGCAACUGGAAGAAAGAAUUCAUUUAUUACGCAGAUGUCAAGGAGCCUGAAAAUUUUCCAUUUGUGAUACUGGGUAACAAAGUUGAUAUCGAUGAAAGGCAAGUAUCUACAGAAGAAGCCCAAGACUGGUGCAGGAAUAAUGGCAACCAUCCCUAUUUUGAAACCAGUGCAAAAGAUGCCACUAACGUUGCAGCAGCCUUUGAAGAAGCUGUUAGAAGAGUUCUAGCCUCUGAAGAUAGAUCAGAUCACUUUAUUCAAACAGAUACAGUAAACCUUCAUCGGAAACCGAAACCAAGUUCAUCUUGUUGUUGACUUAAAUUUUUUUUUUGCCAAAUUACUGUUGACUAGCUUGCUCUAUAAAAGAAUGGGGAAGGUGUAGUAGAUAGAAUAACAAAUGGGUUUCACUCUGAUAUUAAAAAUCAUAAUAUUCUGCUGCUUUCAUGGGGGAGAAAAAGGAAAAUCUCCAUUUAUGAGUGACCGGUUACUGAAUUAGUGAUGCUUUCUGUUUAAGAAGACAUCGAGUAAAACAACUAAUAAAAGAUUGUAAUUUGCCAACUUUAUUCAAAUGAUAAAUACUUUGAAUAUAAUUAAAACUUGAAAGUUCUAGAAGCACUACUUUGGAGAAGCUGUUCUGGAAUUCAGGCACAAAGAUACUUUUAUAUGUGUAUAUUUUUAUGAAAUCGGCAUUCCACUUUUGUUUUGUUAGAUGUCAGUUUCUUAACAAUGCUAGAUAUUAAACUUCAAUCUCACUACAUUCCUUUUGCUGUGAGUGGUACUUCAUCUCUAACAUGGUUAUUAUAAAUUAAUAUAAAUUACAUCCAGGUAUUCUAAUUGCCUGAUGUUGCUGUAAGCUGUGAAGGUUUAUAAGUAGGAAAUAAAUUUCCUAUGUAUGUAAUGUUCAUUUUUUCCCAUCUACUAUUCUAAUGCUGCACUACUUUUUCAGUGGUUUAAUCCAGAAUACUGAUAAUUUUUAAAAUUAGUAUGUGUCUUUGCCUUAAGUCCAUUCUAGCAUGUUUCUGAUCAAUUAGGUGAAAAAUCUGAGUAACUGAAGUAUAACCAUAAAGCAAAAAGAAAUGCUUUAUUCAAUCAGCUUUAAUAGCCCUUGAAAGGAUCCACAUUGUGACAGUUUUUUAGGAAAACUCCUUGUGUACAGCCUUACAAACUCAAAACUUCUUGUUCCUGUUAACCUGAGCUAUGAAUGUGUUUACCAGUAAUACCUGCACUGUGAUAGUAAGGAUUAGCAAUAUGUAGAGAACUCAGGAAGCUCUUGACUUACAGUAGAUUUUGACAGCUUUUAGCCCUAAUACAGAUAUAUAACUAUACAUUGUAUUUGAGCUGAAUUUGAUCCUUAUUAAAAUUGCUAUUUUAGGA